UUUAUCCAGACACCUCCGCGUGUUAAGCACUGCGCUUUCAGCAAACAUGACUACGAACAAUGUCAAGAACGCAGAGGAGAGCCCGGAGUCCUGCAAGGCAGAAGUAAAAGGGAGUAUUCCCAGCUGGCUGCAAGGCACCCUGCUGCGCAAUGGUCCCGGCAUCUUUUCUGUGGGAGUCACGAGCUACGACCACUGGUGCGAUGGGAUGGCCAUCAUGACCAGCUUCGCCAUUAAAGAUGGUGAAGUGACUUACAGAAGCAAAUUUCUCAGAAGUGACACCUACAAAGCCAACAUGACUGCAAACAGGAUAGUUGUGUCUGAAAUGGGAACAAUGGCAUACCCAGACCCAAGCAAGAAUUUCAUUUUUAAGGCGAUUACCUUUCUCAACCACACAGUGCCUGACUUCACUGACAACGGCGCAAGCAAUUUCAUUAAAUACGGAAAGGACUACUACGCCACCUCGGAGACCAACUACAUCCGCAAGAUUGAUCCUGCGACACUGGAAACUCUGGACAAGGUGGACUACAUAAAGUACCUGCCGGUAAACUUGGUUUCGUCCCAUCCGCACUAUGACAAAGAGGGCAACACCUACAACAUCGGGACUUCAAUAGCAGAGAAGGCCAAGACUAAAUACAUACUGUUCAAAGUCCCUGCUGUUUCCGAGAAAGACAAAGACCAGGAUGCCCCCGCACUGAAGAAUGUGGAGGUGAUCUGUACGGUCCCCUGCCUCUCCCUGCUCACACCCAGCUACUACCACAGCUUCGGCAUUACCGACAACUACUUCAUCUUCAUCGAGCAGCCUCUCAAACUGGACAUCCUCAAGAUGGCCACGGCGUACAUGAGGGGAGUCAACUGGGCGAGCUGCAUGAAGUUCUGCCCUGAGGAAAACACUCUGAUCCACCUGAUAGACAGAAAGACUGGCAAAGUGGUCGAGACAAAGUACUACACUGGACCAAUGGUCGUCUACCAUCACGUGAAUGCUUUUGAGGACGACGGUCACGUGGUCUUCGAUGUCAUCGCCUACAAUGACAACAGCCUUUAUGAAAUGUUCUACCUGAGCAAGCUGAAGGAAAACUCCGGGUUCCAAAAUGAUGGCUACUGCAGACCGAGCUACAAACGAUUUGCACUUCCCAUCCAGUCAGACAAGGGCGUGGCAGUUGGAGAGGACUUGGUGAAACUCAAGUACACGACUGCCAGUGCUGUGAAGGAGAAAGAAGGCAAACUGAUGUGCCAAGCAGAGGUUUUCUGUGCAGGUUUUGAAUUACCACGAAUGAAUUAUGACUUCAACUGCAAGAAGCAUCGGUUUGUCUACGGGAACUGUGUGGAGGAGUCCGUUCUGGCAAAAGAGAUUGCCAAGUUAGACACAGAGACCAAGGAAAGGGUUUACUGGAGUGAAGACAACUGCCUGCCGUCAGAGCCUGUGUUCAUCCCCAAACCAAAUGGAGAGUCAGAAGAUGAUGGUGUUGUCCUAGCAUCAGUCAUCAACUCCAAUACAGGCCAGUCUAGCUUCCUCCUGAUUCUUGACGGCAGAACGUUCAAAGAAGUAGCCCGAGCAUACGUGAACGCAACGCUCAACAGGGAUAUGCAUGGACUUUUCAUCCCACAAGAAAAUUAGUCAGUUCUUUACAUGUAAAACGGUGCUGUGUGGCACACAGGAACAGACAAAAACAAUCUGCUGAAUAGCGUGUUUUGAGGAUGUACAUGGUUUAAUUGGUUAACUCAUCUCUGUAAAAUUAUAAGAUUGUAUUAAAACAAAUUUGCAAAACAAAUUUUUAUUGGUGUGUUUAUUUAAACAAAGAUUUCUUUUUUUUUUGAUUUUUGCGUGGAUCAAAAUGUUGUUUAAGCAUGUAUAUCACU